AUGAUUGCACCAACGACAGUCUUCCCCCUACCGAAAGCCGCCUGGAUAGCAGAGCUAUCCAGGAGGCCCCAAUGCUAUGGCUUCGCGUUACUCCGUCGAAAGAGUGACGUCGCGAUCAUGUAUCGUGACAAUCACGUUCUGAGCUAUCGGGGCUGCCGGCCCUUCUUCUCCGCGAUUAAGGCAACCAAGUGUGGCAGAGCCAUAUACUCGAUCCAUGAUGGGGAGAGUUAUCGAUUAAGCGCAUCCUCGAAAUGUUUCGUCUAUGGGGUUAGCAGCAGCCGAUGCCUUCGUCAAACGGACUUCGAUGUCGAGGAGGACGCCCUCGUCAAUGGGGCGGAAGUGUUCGUGAGCGGGACGCUCUACCGAACGAUUGUCCCAACCGCUGAAUCGACUACUAUCCUCAAAUUCUUGGACUGCGAGUCUAAAUCUGCUCGUCUGAAUACAGUGCGUGUGAGAGUAUUAGCGCUGACUAUCCACAUGGCCACUGGUCGGUUACCAGUCCAUCCAGCUUUGGUUGUCAUAUCCGUGAAGACGAAGUGGACGCGCGACGGGAAGAUCUGA